AAAAUUGUGUAAGAGCUGAAGUUUUUUUUGGGCCUGGAAUAGGACAUGAAGAAUAAAAGGAGUUGGGAGAUCAUCAGAUCAGGAUGAAACAGGGGUUGAACAUUUUUCCAAACCUACUGCUAGUUGUGCUCUGUGACUAUGUUUGCGGAGGAAUCAAACUCCUCUUGGAGCAACAGACUCAUAUAGCUUUAAGCAAUGUUACAGUAUCUGUUGGUUUUCAGAAUAAUUAUGAUGGUAAUGGCACACUGAAAAACACUUCUGUUCUACUGAUGGAGGACAGCACCAACCAAAUUGUUGCCAAAAAACAGCUUCCAGAAGACCACAAUCAAGGCGUAGUUGUUUUUGAGUGUUCUCAUUUUAAGAGUGCUGGAAGUUACUGGUUCAAAGUGGAUCCUGAAAACAUCAGGGGGCUUAAUCCCCAAUGGAACGGAGAGAGUCUUCUACUCAGUGUGAACUGGCCUAUAUUUAACUUUGAUUUGAGGAGGACUUCAGAAGGACAUGGGAAUUCCCUUCAGCUUGGGCUCUUUACUAAUGAAUAUUUAUGUCCGCUAAAUAAGACAGUGAUUUCUUUGGAUGUAAUACUAACCAGCAGCUUAUACAAACUAGAGACAUUGAUCUCAAAUGAGACUCUGGGCCUGAGAACAAGGAAAAGCCUUUCUCUCUUGGAGUCACAGUGGGUGAAGUUGGACUGCCGUGUGAUUAGCCCAGAAGCAUAUAUUGCUACAUUACUGAAAUCAUCAGAGACAGGUUCAAUCAUUGCUUCAUCAGGACCUAUAGAUCUUGUGCACCAAUUUGGAUACAAACUAGUUAUGGCAAAAGAAGUAUUAUGUGAGUCUUCAGUUGUGGCUUCCAUCAUUUCUCCUCCAUGCACAUCUUCUGCUGGGCGCAUUGCCGUGUUUAAGCAUAACCCUUUGGGUCAAAUGGUGUCAAAGCUAUACGAAAGCAUCUUGAAUCCAGAGGACCACCAGAUAGAAUUCAGUUGCACAUUGUUUGACAGAGGCACAAAUAAAUACUGUUUUGAAUUUAGUCCUUCCAGCCAAGUGAACUCCCCACCAUGGGCAAAAGAAUGUGUGCUAAUCCAAAGGAAUGUCGGAGGAUCCUGGAGCAUUUGGCAAGCCUGGAGUUCAUGUAGUACCACUUGUGGAGGUGGCAUUCGUGAGCGUUAUCGGGAAUGCCUCAUGCCUUUCCCAGUCCAGAUGAUGCAAGGUUGCCUGGGGAGGCAACAGGAAAUCUCUCCGUGUUCUUUGGAGGAAUGCCCCGUUACUGCAACUGCCCUCCUCACACCACUGCCUCCUGGAACAGGAAGAGAGAACGCUGCCAAUAACCUAGUAGCUGUCACUGGGAUAUCACUGUGCUUGUCUAUAAUCUUUGCAACCAUCCUUAUCACCUUGUGGAGAAAGCUCUGCAGGGCCCAGAGGUGUAGCAGUCCAAUUACCUGUGACUCCACUCAUUCAUCUGGCUUCCGAAAGAACUCUGAUGAAGAGGACAUCUGUCCAGACAGACACCAACAAGAGAGCUUUUCUGAGGGAGAAGCCUCUUGUUCUUCCCCAGGAGAACCUUCUGACAGACCCUUGGAUUUCAGGAGAAGCCUUCAUUUUGUCCCAGAAGGCGGAGGAGGAUUAGCUCAUGAGAGCUUGCAGUCCAGUGCUCAAAAAAUCCUCCCUCCCAUUUACAGCUACCGCCUUGCCCAGCAGCAGCUGAAAGAAAUGAAGAAAAGGGGACUUACAGAAACAACCAGAGUUUAUCAUGUUGCUCCAAACCCUCCCACGGACACAGUGGAAACAGAAAACCGAGAGGCAGCAGCUGCCAGUAAGUUUAGAAUCAAAUUUCCGUUUCCAGAGCAGCCACCUGAUUAUCUAAAAGUAUCAGGGGACAGACCCCAUCCCAGAAUGGAUUGUACAUUAUCGCAGGCCAAUUCCAUGUGGAGCCCCAGUCACUCCUCAGUGGGAAGAAGCCAUCCCAGACAUUUCGAUAACCAGGGAGAGUCAACAGAAAGAGGGUACCAAAGAAGUUCACAGUUCAGAAGGACAGCAAGUUUUCAUGAAGCUAGAAGAGCAAAACCAUUUCGGCAGAGAAGCAUGUCCACCCUUACACCAAGUCAGACUUCAUUCAACCACUGCAGAGCCAAAAUGUGGAAUCAUGUUACGGAACCACAGCAUUGCAUGAAACCUAAAAAUACAGCACAGGACACUGUGGAACUUGAGUUGUAUCACAGCAUUCCUUUAACUACAGAGUCACUGAGCCGGUGGGGACAGAUUCCUCACAAACAGAAACUUCCAGAGAAGAAACCAGAUCUGGUUAACGAUCAUCCACCAGGAUCUCUUAUAUCUUGUGCUGAUAAAUCAGAACAUAAGAGAACCAGAAGUGGGCAUUUUUCAAGUCCUACAGGUGCUUGGAGGAAGGAGUCUAUUUUCCUAACUCUCAAGGAUGGUCACCAGGAAGGGGAGACUCUGAGUCUUUCACAGCACAGAAAGAGCAAAUGCCAAAGCUUUCCAUCUGAUACUGGAUGCCACUUCUAUGACAACACUUCCUUUCGUCUGACGGAUUCAGAACAACAAAUGUUUGACCUGCCUGGAUAUUUUGAGUCAAAGGAAGGUGAAAUAAGUACUUUAACUGUUGAAAAUUUGGUAAUCUGAGUUUCUCGUGGGCAAAUGUGAAGCUGCGGCAUUAGCAACUGCAAAAGCUCUUGAAUUUUCAAAAUGUACUUUAACAGAUUUCUCUGUAAGGAGGGAAGGAGGCCUAAUUAUCAUUCCGUUGAAGCAGGCCAAGUACUUGGGAAAAGUAAAUGAUACCCUGACACAAAAAUGACGACUAAAUAUGUACUUGUGUAGAGUCUUUCUCUAAACGAUCUCAGAAAUAGACCUCUUAAGGCCAAAUCCUAUAUGCUGAUUUAUACAGUUUACAGUACUGGACUUUCCUAUUGGAUCACUUAAUACAUUUUAAAUUGGUGACCCUUCUUCUCCUCAGCACUCCUUGUAAAUGACUGCUAAGUGACUGUGAAAACAUCUGUGACUUCCCUACACCAUGGCAUUCAGUAGCCUAUAAAAUCAGGCUUGGAGGUCUGCAUUUGGUAUUAGUUAAGAGGUUAGCGUGGUUACAGACACAGCUGGAAUACAGCCGGUCUAUUCUUUUCUGUUGGACAUGCCCUGGAUGCUUCUUUAACCACUGUUGGCCUCACAGCAACUCCAAUGGCUAACUUGCCAAGUCUGUUAGAUAUCCUCUCAUGCUUCCCUCGUUCAGUUGCAAAGCAAUAUUCUGCUUCAGAAGAGCCAUCCUUAAAAAAUAUUAUCCCUGCUAUGAGGAAACAUGUCCUUUACGACCUUCAAUAAGUUUCAGUUGAAGAAACUGUUUAAAAUUAAGCAGUUUGGGCUUGGUUUCUCUCACUGGCGAACAGUUAUAGAAAGUGUUUCCCUCAGAAAAACUAAAU